AUGGGAAAGCUAACAAUCGUCGUUCAACUUUCCACUGGACCACAGAUUGAGUUGUCGGACAACUUGACAGAAAGGUACCUCCUUGGAGCGCUAUCGGACCGCCUGAAAAAACUGCUACGGCGACGCCAGAAGUUACAACACGUAAAUACGUUAGAGGAUGUGGUAUCACUGCUCAAGAGUUCGAAGCAGAUCAUGGUCCUAACUGGCGCUGGCGUUUCAGUCUCAUGCGGGAUUCCAGAUUUUCGUUCUGAGGAUGGCAUUUAUUCACGGCUCUCGGAAUUUGAGUUGGAUGAUCCUCAACAGAUGUUUGACCUUGAAUUCUUUCGAGAACGACCGCAAAUCUUUUACUCUUUUGCGCGCGAAAUCUUCCCAAGCAACUUCACUCCCAGCCCAAGUCAUUAUUUUAUAAAGCUGCUGGAAGAUCAGGGUAAACUCCUUCGGAAUUAUACGCAAAAUAUUGAUACCCUUGAACAAAAAGCCGGAAUUCAAAAGGUUUUGGAAUGCCAUGCUAUCCUUCAUUUUGAUAACUGGAUGAGCGCAUCGCAUUCCUAUAUGCUGACUUUUUGCUUCAUACUCCUCUCAGGUUCUUUCGCAACGGCAAGUUGUGUGCGAUGUGGACACCAAGUGCGGGGUGAUGAGAUUAAAGAACAUAUUUUCAAGCAAGAGGUUGCUUACUGCAAGGUUUGCAAAACUCCCACUCCACCUCCAAAAGCGAAAGCAAAAUCCAAGAAGCGAUCCAAAUCUGGUUAUCACUCGUCUGACGAGGAUUCUGAAGAAUCUGACGGUGAUGAUAUGAACAAGCCUUUGAUGAAGCCAGAUAUUGUAUUCUUUGGAGAAAAACUUCCUGACGUCUUCCAUACGUCCCUCAAGGAGGACCGUGGAAAAGCUGAUUUACUCAUUGUGAUUGGAAGUAGUUUGAAAGUAGCGCCUGUCAGUGACAUCAUGCAUCAACUGCCACACUCAGUUCCUCAGAUCUUAAUCAAUCGUACUCCAAAUCAUCAGACUGAAUUUGAUGUACAACUUCUGGGCAAUUGCGACACUAUCGUAGCUGAGCUUUGUCGCAUGGCUGGGUGGGAAUUAAAGCAUGAGAGGCUGCCUCGAGGGACGUCUACUGUACCUGAUAUGGACAAGUAUACAAAUGAGGAUGGCUCUGGAGCAGGAGGCCGUGCAGCGUGGUCGUUUGUUGAACCAAACGUUUAUUUAUUUGACGGCGCGGACCCAGAAGAGCUUAACUUUCAAGCGAUCCAAGAAAGGUACCGAAGGAAGCCACGUGGCGAAAUAGGCGGUCUUAUCAGUGUCGGAGGCCAUGAUAGUGAUGUCGAGGAUGAAGAAGAUGAAGAAAAUGAUGAAAAUGAAGAAAAUGAUGAUAGCGGUAGUGACAGUCAAGCUGAAGGUAGCGAGCAUGCAAGCAAUGAUUUGGAGGACAUGGAAGGCCUCACUACUGAGAUAUCUAAGCGGCGACUAACGCCAUCACAGCCUGACCGUGCCGGUAGCACAGGAUUAAUGGAUGAGGACCAUGUGGACUUGGAACAGAGCAGUGAGCACAAUCAAGAUAUUACCAGAACUGCCAGUGCAAAUAUAAACACUUCAGCCUCCAACCAUACGGUGAUUACGCCUCUAGAACCAUUACAAAGUCCAAGUCUACAGCCUGCAGGGCUCGCUACUGGCACAACUGAGCCUAGAAGUGGAAGCAUCCAGCAUAUUCAUGACCAGCAUCCAGAGGCCGACAGCUCACGUCCUCUUCCGGCAUUGGCUACCAUUGGAACGGUAGCUUUGAAAGACCCAAUCGUACACAGUGACGGUGAUGAUGAAGACGAUGAAGACGAGGAAAAGAAAAUCCGUGUCAUGUUUGCCGAGAAAAUGCCCAAAGAUUUGGGCGAAGAUGAUGAUCUUGGACUCUCGCGCAUCCACAGUCGACGGCCGAGUAUGGAUUUGAUGCCAAUCACAGAAGAUGCACAGGAAGUGGAAGUUGACGAUGGUAGUUCGGAUGGUGGCGGCCAUGAUUCCCAGGCUAUAGAAGCUGAAAGGGCCAACUAA